AUGAAUAUCUCAAUUCUGCUGCGGCAUUCUGAAAUUUGGGUAAGCGAUGUUAAUUAUGAAGGUUACAAAGUUGAUGGAAUUGUUGUUGGCCAUUCCAUUUCAUUUGUGAAUCUGAAAACGUUGAUUUUAUCAGAGCUUGAGAUCGACACUGUUACAAAGGAUAUUGAAAUACGAUACAUUGUCGAGGGAAGCUCAUAUCCAUUGAAAAUAAAAAACGACAUGGGUGUGAAACUUUAUUUCGAAGUAAAAAAGAAUGCAUCUGGAAUCGGCAUGUAUCCGCUUUGUAUUGAUACAACUGAUAAAAUUGUAGGGGAGAUACGUAAUUUUGAUUGUUCAUCAGGUGAAGUCGUAUGGGUGGAAGGUACCGAAAGAGAUACUGAAGCUCCUGCUCUGGUUGAGUCGAGAAUUUGUGACAUUGAUUAUAUUCCAGAAUUAAAUGCUACAAAUUACAUAACUGAUUCCAAUAGUACUGAAGUGAAGACUGGGCAGUUGUAUAAGGACAAAGGAACACUCGUUGCUGUAAUGGCUAAAUAUAAAAUAAAGAACAACUUCAAUUUUCGAGUGAAAAGAUCGGAUAAGAAAAGCUAUGUGUUGGUUUGCUUCAGCGACCAAUGUGGAUGGACCUUAAAAUCAUCUUGCAGAAAAAAAUCUGAUGUAUUCAAAGUGAGAUAUUUCAAUAGUGAACAUACAUGUCCGAUGCGAGAUAGGAUACUAACAAAAGUACAAGCAACAAUUGGAUUUAUUAGUGGUGUGACUGCCCCUAAAUUGGUAAAUCAUAAAAGAAUCCAUACACCUCGAGAUGUAAUUGAAGAUAUUAGAGAAUUGUAUGGGGUUGAGAUAUCGUACCAACAAGCAUGGCGUGCUAGAGAACGUGCACUAGAAAUGCUCAAGGGUAAGCCAUCCGAAGGAUAUAAACAGAUGCCGAGAUAUAUAUGGAUGCUAAAUAAAGUGUAUCCUAAUUCAUAUAUAAGGAUGCAAAAGACGGAAGAUAAUAAAUUCAUGUAUCUGUUCAUAGCACUAAGACCGUUGAUAAGAGGGUUCGACUACUGCAGGCCUGUAGUUGUAGUUGACGCUGCACAUCUUGGCGGGGCAUACAAGGGUACUUUUGUAUCAGCAAGCACACUCGAUGGUGCAGGAUGCAUAUUGCCAUUGGCAUAUGGUGUUGUAGACACUGAAAAUGACUGUUCGUGGACAUGGUUCUUCGAAAAUUUCAAAAAUGCAUUUGGUGAGCGUGAAAACAUGUGUAUUGUAUCGGAUAGAAAUGAAAGUAUCAUAAAGAGUGUAAGCAUUGUAUACCCAAACGUACCUCAUUGUGCAUGCAUAUGGCAUCUUUGGAAGAAUGUAUGUUCAAGCUUCAAAAGGAGUAAAAAAACACUAAGUGAUAUAUUUUACUCAAUGGCAAAAGCAUACAGAAAGGAAGAUUUUGAUAAAUUAAUGGCUAAGGUUGUGAAAGUUGAUCAUAGGGUGAAGGAUUACCUUGAGAAAGCUGGUUAUGAGAAGUGGUCAAGAGUUCAAUCAACCAUAAACAGAGGUAGAAUGAUGACUUCGAACAUCGCUGAGUGUAUCAAUGGAUGCCUUGUCGAUGCACGUAAGUUAACUAUAAUAGACUUCUUGGAGGAAGCUAGACUUCUAUUUGGUAGUUGGAACUAUAAAAAUAGAGAAAUAGCGUCAUAUACAAAGGACACAUUGGGCCGAAGAUUUGAGGAGAUAUUGAUUGUAAACGCAUCUAAAAGUUCAAAGAUGAAGAUUGUUCCAUCAUCUGAAUAUAUUUUCACAGUUCAUGAAGCCGGAAAAAGAUACAUUGUAUGCCUUGAGAGAAAAACUUGCACAUGUGGAAGGUUUCAACAUGAUGAGAAACCUUGCGCACAAGCAAUUGCAGCUUUGAAGCACAAGAAUGUUAACAAUUUGCACCCAUAUUGCUCUGAUUACUACAAGCCGUAUGCAUUAGAAAAAACGUACGAGGUUGUAAUGGUUCCAAUGCCAGAUAAGGAGGAUUGGAACGUUCCAGAAUAUGUUUUAGAUGAAAUUGUCCGACCACCUAGGUAUAGAAGGUUGGAUGGACGACCAAGAAAGCGAAGAAAGAAAAAUGCGGAUGAAAAAAUAACAGUGAACAAUAAUUGUUGUGGGCAGUGUGGACAAGAAGGACAUAACAGGAGAACUUGUACUUUCUUCCCGAAAGAGAAUUGA